UGGGCACCCCGACGCGUCGCAUAUUCAAAGAAUGCAGCAAGCCAAUGGUGACACAGAGUGGAAGAAGUAGGUGUCGACUACUUCAAACUUGUUGACUUCUACUCUGCUUUCUCUCGCCAACGAUGAUGGAAUAUGGACAGAGAAAACUGGAGCCCCCGAUCGAAUCUUCAAUCUCCAAGAUUGGAGAGCACAAAUGGCUUGUUGGCCGCGAGCACAUUUGUGAACUAGCCGACUCUUUAGACCGGACUGACGCGAUUGCUCGUUGGGACGACGAGCUGGGUAGAGAAUUUCGUCUGCGAACUACAGAUGCUCGACCCCAGUCGAGCGGCUUUGAGCCUUUUUACUGUGCUGGCGACUGCGCAGCGCUGUGGGAGUUCGCCGGAAAAAUCUGGAAAGUCAAAAGUUCUCUUGAGAAGAUGCAAAUGGAGGCCGAAACAAUCGACUUUGUGAAAAGCCACUUCUCAGGAAUACCGGUACCAACAGUGGUGCACUACUGGAACGAUACCACUGAUCGCAGAUCCUUCAUGGUGUUGGACCGGGAAAAAGGCCAAACUCUCGACUCAUGUUGGGCAUCUCUCACCGAUCCCCAACAAGAAGCAAUCGCAAAAACGGUUGCAGGAUACGUAGAACGUCUCGCCACCAGCCAAAGACCCUCUAUGGAGACCGUGUCCGGAUAUGGAAUCGAUAAUCUCACGCUGCAACCUCGAGCAAAGUACGAUCCGCUGUACCCUUCGCUCCUCCGGCUGGCAUCUUUGAAAGAGGCCAACGACUACUUCUCUCCGCUGAAGGUUGAAAGUAGUUUUGUGUUCUCUCAUUGCGAUCUCGCCGCAUGCAACAUCCUGAUCGAUGAAAACGGUUCUGUUACUUGUUUAAUUGACUGGGAGGCUGCGGGGUACGUUCCACGCUGGUACGUGUAUCUCCAGACACGUAGGUGGUCAAUGAUGUUGAGCGAUGAACGAUUCGAAAAGGCUUGGAUGGAGCUCAUCGGCCAAGCAUUGAAGGAGAAAGGGUUUGAUGGGGACGGUGACACGUAUCGUAGAUGGCAUAGUGGAGAAGGUGCGGAAGGUGCGUAAUUGCGGUCUGUAUACUGGGACUUGCUCUCGAAUAUCUUUCUCGGCACGAGGUAUUCGCUACCCUGCUCAUCAUGCUGUCCGGACUCUGUUGACAACACGUUCGAAAAGAAGACAAGCGUCUCUAUCAGUUAAGUCUUUCGCUAUACAAAGCGGUCGAGGACGCUCAAUCAUCUCUCUAUCUCGGCUUCUUCAUAUCAUUUUCGUAGGGUGAAAAGGACCAUCCAACACUAUGUUCCUACCGCGCAGCGAUGUUCGUGUUGGGUG